AAAAAAAACAAAAAGAAAAAAAAAUGCAAAGUACCCUGACUGCAGCAACUUUAUAUUCUUAAACACGAGGAGCAAAUAGAGCAAAGUAAUUCGCGUUAUGUUGCAAUGAGCGAUAAAUCGACAAUGGCGGCAAUGUCCCCAUCGAAGCGAAGGCUGCAGAAGGAGUUAACAUCUUUAAUACGUGAACCCCCGCCAGGUGUACAUGUCGAUGAAGAUCUUACUAGUCAAAAUUUAACACAAUGGAUUGUUCACAUGGAAGGUGCAAAAGGCACCUUAUACGAAGGCGAACAAUUUCAAUUGCAAUUUAGAUUCAGCUCUAAAUAUCCUUUUGAUUCACCGGAAGUGACUUUCAUAGGUGGAAAUAUACCGGUACAUCCGCAUAUUUAUAGCAAUGGCCAUAUUUGCUUAUCCAUUUUAACAGAAGAUUGGUCUCCGGCUUUGAGUGUACAAAGCAUUUGUUUAAGUAUUGUAUCAAUGUUGAGCAGUUGUAAAGAAAAGAAUGAAUAUCCGAACGAGGAAAACCAUAAUUUGUGGUGUCAUUAUAUCAUUAAGUCUGUUGUAUUUGUAUACAAAUCGGUUCUUAUAUACAAAUAUACGGGACAAGAACAUUUCUUUAAAGUUACUUCUCGCUGCUGCUAUAACAGCAGCAGAAAUUGGUGGUUCUGAAGUGAUAGCAGUUCACAAUCAAGCAAAAUUUGAAAUAGAAAGCAAAGGAAAAACAAAAGAGGGAUUAAAUGAUUUAGUAACAGAGGCAGACUAUAAAUCACAUUGCGCAAUGUACCAUUCCUUGUUAGAAGUAUUUCCAAGCAUAACAGUAAUAUCAGAGGAAACAUCAAAAAAUUGUGAUAAAGUUGUAGUGUCAAAUAUAAAAGAUAAUAUUAAUGUCUUAAAUGAUUAUGAUAUUAAAGAUGAAAUUAUCAAUACAGAUGAUAUUACUGUGUGGAUUGAUCCUUUAGAUGCAACAAAAGAGUUUACAGAGAAUUUGCUGCAAUAUAUUACGACUAUGGUUUGCGUUGCUGUUAAAGGAAAACCUGUAAUAGGUGUUAUAUAUAAACCAUUUGAAACAAAACAAAAUUCUAGCUUGUUUUGGUCAUGGACCAAUCAUGCAAUUUCAAAAAAUUUACAAGUAUUACAUAAGUUAGAAGAUGAAAAAACGCCAAUACUGAUUAUAUCACAAUCACAUGCAGGCCAAAUUUACAAUGUUGCCAAGAUUGCAUUUGGUAAAGAUGUGAACAUUAUUUCGGCAGCUGGUGCAGGUUACAAAUUCUUAGAAGUUGUAAGUGGAAACGCCACGGCAUAUGUUCAUAUGACUGCAAUAAAAAAGUGGGACAUUUGUGCAGGAACUGCAAUUCUUACUGCACUUGGUGGAACAGUUACUCAGUUGUUUGAUCAACAAUUAAUAAGUUUUAGUCCAAGUGAUUCCAAAGUACUUCAAUGGGGCCUUUUAACUACCAUGAGUAAUCACGCUUGGUAUUUAGAUAAGUUUUCAAAUUGAUUCAAUAACAUUGGCGGAACAUAAUUCCAUUGGUAAAUCAGAUAUUGCUUCACAAGAAUUAAGAGGUUUAGUUAUUAAAUAUUAAAAUGCCAAGCUCAUAUUUGUAUGCCAUAAAUAAUGAGGGACGUGUGUUUGGAUUGUCAACGUCUGGGACUAUGUGGAGGGAAUUUAUGUAUUUGGGUCUUGAAUUUAAGCAGUUAUCAGCAGUACCACAUUUUAUGUGGGCUAUAGGUGGUGAUCGUCAAGUUUAUGUACACGUACAUGGCUUAGAUGUACCUAUAAGAAUUAAGGAAGAAAUAUAUGAGAAUGAACGUUGGCUUCCUUUAGAAGGAUUUAGUGGAAGAUUAUUACCUACAGAUAGGUAUAAUUUUUCUAACCAAGAUGGUACAGUUGACCGUAGCAGAGAUAAGGUAAAAUUACCAUCCAUGGCUUGGCAGUGGGAAGGUGAUUGGCAAAUAGAAACUACGUUAGAUGGCCAACCACUAGAUCACGAUAUUUGUUGUCAAUUGUCAACAUCGAAACAAAGUGUUAUGAUCACAGAGAAUCUGAUAUUUUGGUAGGGAUGGACAUAUGCAGUUGAUUUUCCAGCUAUAUUUACAACAAAAAAGCAAUGGAAAUCUUGUGUUAGAAGAAGGAAGUGGGUUCGUUAUAGAAGAUACAGUGCUAUGAAUUCAUGGUGUGCUAUUGCACCUCUUCAUAAAGAUGCAACCAAAGUGAUGUUUCGUGUUGCUACUAGUACAACAUGUCCUGAAGGACAAAGAUGGAGUACUAUAAAAUUAGGAAAUGGAUACGAGGUAUGCCAAAUCAGUGUUGGAAUAACUGGUCUUGUGUGGGCUGUAUUGAUGGUUGGUAAAGUAAUCGUACGUACAGGCGUUACUAGAGAAAAUCCAAUGGGAGAGGAUUGGGUCGAAGUUGGUCCUCCUAAAAAAGAUUUAAAAUUAAUACAAGUUAGUGUAGGUACAGACGCUGUAUGGGCUAUAACUCAAGAUGGAAAUGUAUGGUUUAGAAAAGGUAUCAAAGGAGAAAUGAGUGGAGUAUGUGAGCAAAUGGCUGUUGGCACUGGUUGGGUGGAAAUGUUAAGUAAAAUGUCACUAGUAUCUGUUGCUCCAAAUGAUCAGGUUUGGGCUAUUGGUCAUGAGGAUAGAUGUUUAUAUUAUCGUUCUGGUAUUACACAAUCGGAAUUAACGGGUAAAAAGUGGAGAUUAAUAAAUGCACCUCUUCAGCUCAGUCGCGCAAGUAGCAAUGCCAGUUUGUCAUCAAGUAAUAGACAUAGUAUGUGUGGUACUCCUCAACAACAGAGGCAUCAAAGUUGGGGCUCAUUGAAUCGACCACAUAGUACCAGUGAGGGUACUACACUGAUUAGAGAGUGGGAAGAACAAUCUCGUUCUGCACCAACACCAACAUCUUUGAAAUUGUGGCAACGUGCAAACGAUAGCAGUUCUACUAAAAAUCCACAGCAAACUUCUUUCCAGGAUAUAUAUCUAAAUGAAGGCAAAAAAAGAUCGGCGAAUUCAUUAGAUAUGGAUGAUUUAACGGAAGCCAGUGUUGCGAAUAUAACUAUAUCAAAUGAGUCAUUGACCAAAACUGGAGAAUCUAUAGUAGUUUCUGGAAAAGGAAUGGGCAAUGUUGUCAAAAUCAAUCCAGCUGCAUGGAGUCCUGUUCAUUCAGUUGGCUCCAUGGUAGGUAUCGAAGCACAUCCAGAAACAGAUGGAAGUAUUUUCGAUCCCGAUUUGACUAGCGAUUCUGGUGUUUAUGGAGAAGAUGAAAGUUCUGGAGCAAUGUAUUGGGCUGAAUGUGAUACCUCUUGGUAUAAAGUAGAAGCUGGAGCGUGUUUUGUUGAUACGUCUAAUCUUCCAAAAUGGAUUGCAGAUACAAAUGGUACAGGUCACGGAGAUAUAGCAGAGGCAUGGAGAAUAUAUAUUUUAGAAGAACUGAAGAAGAGAUUGCAAAAAGUACAGUACAAUCCAUCGAUAUACGAGAAAGUAGUUGAGAAAUCAUCUUGGGUAAAAAAUGGAGACGCAAAAUGUAAACUUAAGGGCAGUACUUCGUAUGAAGAUUGCAUUAUUGAAUUAGAAUGGAUAAGUAGCGACAGUGGUUCUUUAGAUUCUGGAAUCGUAACCAUUUUAAAUUCGGACGGAGCAACAACAAUUAUGCAAUUUUCUGUGUCUGAGAUUAUGUGCGUAGUAUGCUGUAGUGAACCAGGUAAUCCACGCAUAGCGAUUCAUACUCCUCGUAUGCCUCGUUCUAAGGUUCUUAGACUACAGUUUUCUACUGAUACUGAAAUGGAAGAUUGGUUAGCACACUUAACUUCAGUUUCUUGCCAAAUGAAUAAUGUUUACGGGACACCUGGCCCUAAUUCAAUAUGGACUACAACUGCGUUAGGAGAUGUAUAUGUAUAUGAUCCUGCUGCUUUAGAAGAAAAUCAACUUGCUAAUAGUGGUUAUAUACAAGAAUUGUUUACUGGAAAAGAUUUACCUUUUGAAUGUAUUCUACAAAACGGUUUUGGAUGUGGCAGUUCUCUAAAAAUUAUAGCUUGUAUCCAUGAUGAUGCAGAUAGGCUAUCGAUUAAUUUCGUCUGUUAUUCAACAAUGUCGCUGAAACAGAAGUCUGUAAUGGACAGCCAUGACGUAGCAUUACAUUUUAAUCCAAGAUUAAAAGAAAAUAUAAUUGUACGAAAUACAUAUCAAAAUGGACAGUGGGGCGACGAAGAGAGAAACGGAGGUAGUCCGUUAAAACCUGGUUCUAAUUUCACCUUAGAGAUUGUUUGCGAAACACGAGGAUAUAGAAUUUAUGUUGAUGAUACAGAAUUUACUUUUUAUAGCCAUAGAAUAUUACCGCAAAGUAUUACUCAUUUACGAAUCAAGGGACUGAUGACAUUAUGUAACAUAUUUUAUAAGUCUAUGUCUGUAAUAAUUGAUCCAAUUACAAUGUUUUGGAGACAAAUAGGCGGACAUUUAAAAAAGGUUGAAACUUGUUCUGUUGGUGUAACAUGGGGAAUAGGAUAUGAUAGUACUGCGUGGGUAUAUACUGGUGGUUGGGGUGGUUUAUUCCUAAAAGGAUUAGAUAGUAAUACGGGAAUAAACACCAUGGUGGAUACUCACAAUUAUUAUGUUUAUGAAAACCAGCGUUGGAAUCCGGUGACUGGAUACACAUCUCAUGGUCUUCCAACUGAUCGUUAUAUGUGGAGUGACGCAUCUGGACGACAUAAGCGUACACGUGAACAUACUAAACUGCUAUCUAUGCACUGGCAUUGGGUAUCAGAUUGGAUAGUAGAUUUUCAUACCCCUGGAGGUGUUGAUAGAGAAGGGUGGCAGUAUGCUACAGAUUUUCCUUCUCAAUAUCAUGGUAAAAAACAAUUUACUGAUUACGUUAGACGAAGACGAUGGUUUCGAAGAUGUCAAUUAACAACUAGCGGACCGUGGCAAGAAUUAGGGAAUACAAAAUUGCUCGAUGUUUCUUUGCAUGCACCUGGGAAAUCUGGUUCGGAUGCUCCUGUUUAUAUAUGGGCCGUUGCUUCUAAUGGUGAAGCUUUGUUUAGAAGAGGUGUUUCAGAAUCUUGUCCGAUGGGAGUUUCAUGGGAACAUAUACCAAGUGAUCAAGCUUUAGUAGGUAUCUCAUGUGGUCCAUGUGGACAAGUUUGGGCUGUUGGAAAGAAUGGUUCCUCUUAUUGGAGAUUAGGUAUUACUCCUACAAAACCAACAGGAAUACAAUGGCAAAAUGUUGAACCGCCGUCGGGUGCUCAUUUGAAACAAAUUUCUGUUGGGAAGGAUGUGGUGUGGGCUUUAGAUGCGGCAGGUAAAUUAUCCGUACGUCGUGGUGUACAGGUGAACGUUUUCCCGGAAGGAACGCAUUGGCAAACGCUUCCUGUGAUGCCGAAUGAUCCUAUACACAUAGAUAUGUCUGUUAUAAAUGCGAAGCAAGGUUUUCGACAUGUUGCCGUUGCAAGAGAACAGGGACAAGUUUGGGCAGUCUCAGGAGCUGGUAUACUGUGUCGUAGAAUAGGUAUUAGUGAUGAGAAUCCAGCUGGGACUGGUUGGGCAACAGGAAUAGGGGCAAAUUGGCAGCAUGUAAGUUUAGAGGGACUUAUAAAUAAACUCAAAUGAACGUCUGACUUUUACAUGGAUAAUGAUUCUUUUAAAAAAUCGCGUAUACAAAAUAUUGAAUUAUUACCAAAAAAACACAGUACUCUACUAUAGUUUGAUUUUCGAAUACUUUUCAUGAAUAAAAAAGUCAAUGCGUAUGUGCAUAUGUAUAUUUUACAUGGCUUAGCUUCCUUGAUAUACUCAAUUUAAUCACACAAACUUAAAUGUAUAAUGUAUUUAAUAAAUGAGAAAAGCAUUAUUUUAUCUACAACGUACAAAAAUCAACAUUACUUGAAUGCAUAAUUAAUUCUUCUUAAAGUAAAUUUACUUGGUCUUCUGUUAUUUUCAUUUAAUGGGGAAAUAUAGAUAUAAACAUGUGCAAAGAAAAUAGUAUUAAUAAGAUUAUUUUAUAGAACACAUUUAUUACACACUCCAUUCAUAUACUUUUAGCAUAAAAUUUUAUAUUGAAACACUCGACAAAGCAUUCCAAAUAUGUGCAUUUAAGUAUUAAAUAACUAUUAAAUAAUUCGUAUUAAAUAGAAAACAAGAAAUAUUAAUUUUAGUUUUAAAUAAUAGAAUAUCUGUAAAAUAGAACUCUAUUGAAGUCUACAAGAUGCCUUGUCUAGUUAUAAAUUUUUAUUAUUAUAAAAAAGUAAUAAACAAAGAAUAAUACAAGAAUAAUACAAAAACAAAACAAUAAGAUGAGAUUAUUGAUGCAAAUAUUUGAUGAAUGGAGAUUAUAACGCCUUUAUACAUCUUUAUUUUUUAACCCCUUAUUUAUUAUAUGCUUCUUCCAUUUAUACAAAGAUGUAUUUAAAAAGAUUGCUAAAAAUUGACAUUUGUAAAUGUUUAAAAAAGUGAAUCAUAACAUAAUGUAUCAUAUUAAGAAAAUGUUCCAUCUCUUUUUAAAAAACAAUGCAUUAAUUGUAUUAAUAAUAAAUAAAUUUCAUGUAGUUCUAAUACUUCUAAUGCUAUAACUUUAUGUUUACUUGUAUUAUGUGCAUAAACUUACUUCAAAAUAUUGAUAAAAUUACUACAAGUAAAUAUAAAUUUUUAUAAAGUCUCUCUCGUGUGAAUUUAUAAUGUAUCAUUAAUAGUAAAUUAAUUACAAAUCUAUUUAUUAUAAAUAUUAAAGUUUA